AUGGUACCAGAGGACUUCGACACAACCUGGGCGUCAUCACAUCUUCCGCAUAAAUAUGGCGGUCUCAAGGUCUGUUACAUUGAACAGAUCCUCGAGCCCACCAUGUUACCGACAAGGACAGAGACUACCGGGAGGACAUUUGACAGAUCAUCACUCGUACCCUUAGGCACACCGGGCUCAUCUCCGGCCGCACGCUCGUCAGCUCAAUCCCUCACAAACAGACCGUCGCUAAAGCUGAACGACUUUGUAGAGGCCCGCCCGAAAUCUAACCACCGAAAUGAGAAAUUUUCUGGACGCGUGGCGCUCAAAUGCGGAACGAUCCACCAAAGCUUUGACCAGGAAGCGAGAAUUUAUCCGAACGGCUUCAACCACGACAUCACUCUCAUCAAACCCGCGCAUCGGACUUUGGUGAAAGAUGUCGCGUCCCCUAUCAGCGGUAUCGGUUGGCUCAACCACGAUUCGUGGAUUUCGCUCCGCCAGCAGACGACAACCAUCAAGAUCUUAGCUGAUGCCGAAAGCUCAGAGUCCGCGAGAGGCUCACAGGCAGCAAAAAGCAUCAAAUGCAGUCGUCCAUCAGACAUCCUUGUGGUAGGCGAAGGCAUCUUCCUGAACCAGAAAGCUGCAGCGGGCAAUUCGAAGAGUCUCAAACACCACGAUGCGGCAACAUGGAAGGAUCUCGUGUCACGCGCAAUCCUGUACCGUGUCUAUCCUGAUUUCGACCCACCGAACGGCCAUAGCGGCACUGCACUUUAUGCGGAUGGAACGAGGACCGAUGGAACCGAAGGCCCAGGUGUCGUAGGCUUCCAAAGCUUUGUACAGCGCAGUGGUCAUGUGCAGAAUUUCGAGAUGGAAGGUGAUGCACUGGAGCGGCGAUUAAGAGCUGGCAGAGUUGCGUUCUAUGGAGCGUUCGAAGUCCCCGCCGAACUCAAGAAGUACCAUAUAUACUGA